AUGGGAAAUUCGAUUCGAAGCGCACAUGUCUGGGAGACAUCCCCGUCGCAGGAUGUCAACGAGGCUCGCCAGAUGCGGUGGUUUCUUCGUCAACAGGCUGCGCGGCUGUCGCGAAAGCUGACUGUCAAAGCGCUUAUGACAGUGGGGGCCGAAUUAUCAGGGGCGGGGGAAAUGUCCCGCACGAUGAAAUCAAGCAUCAUAUUCUACGCGCCGUCGUCGCUGUUGCUUCUUGAUAGCCAUUUCGCCAACAUGCCGCUCCCGCUGCAGCAGCACGAACGGCAGCAGCGCGCCGCGGAGCAGGUUUUAGACCGGCGAUUACGACCAGUGUACGACAUGGUCGACUCGCGGAACCUGAAAGGCGCAUUGAAGCUCGUUAAUACUCUUGUUCAGAAAGCGGGAAGUGACCAGGCUCCGAUUAAGUUUCACACCCCCCCCUUCUCUCCCUCCCCUCUCUCCCCCACACCCACCCUCUCCACCAUCCCCACACCCACCCCCUCCACCUGCCCCCACCCACCCCAACCCCGCUCUUCCCCCCUCCCCUCCCCUGCGCAGCUGGUGAAGGCGCUGGUGCUGUACCGCAUGGGGCGGGAGGCGGAGGCGCUGGAGGUGUGCGGGGAGGUGCGGGAGGAGGGGCGCGCGGGGCAGCUGUCAGAGCGCACGCUCAUGGACCUCAUGGACCUCAUGGCCAGAAUGGGCAAAGGUGGGCGGGCGGCAUGCUCUGUCGUUUAG